CCGGGUUCUCCUCCAGUAAUAUCUCAGCUGUCAUGACACGAAUCAGCGCUAUCAAUUUACCGAGCAGACCCUAAAACGCACCGGAGAGCUGCUGGCACGGCGCUAACCGGACAGGUUGUUAGCUGUGAGCAAGAAGAGGCUGGAGACUCGCUAAGAUGUUGAGGGCUGGUGGUAUUUUGAAGUUAGCAGCGCUCGUCUUUGCGUUCCUCCUGGCUGUCUUUCUGGCUUUUCAACUGCUGGAGAUUAAUUUGGAUUUUAAACUUAGCAGUCUGGUUUCAAAAUCGCUGCCAGCGAAUGAAACCCCAACAAAGCCCAUCAGGUACAAGUGUGGGCUGUCCAAGGCAUGCCCGCUCGGACACUUUGCCUUUAAGAUGGCGAGCGGUGCGGCCAGCGUGGUGGGGCCCCGAAUCUGCCUGGAGGACAAGUUACUAAUGAGCGGUGUGAAGAACAAUGUGGGGAGAGGAAUCAACAUCGCCCUGGUGAAUGGGAGAACAGGGGAACUCGUCAAGACAGGGUACUUCGAUAUGUGGGCAGGAGAUGUGGCUCCCUUAAUUAAAUUCCUGAAGGAAAUCGACGACGGGACAGUCGUGAUGAUGGCCUCUUUUGAUGAUCCCUCAACAAAACUCAAUGAUGAAGCCAGGAAGCUGGUUGCUGAUCUGGGCAGCUCAGCUGUCAGUAAUUUGGGCUUCCGAGAUAACUGGAUCUUUGUAGGAGGGAAAGGCAUCAAGACCAAGAGUCCUUUUGAGCAGCAUAUAAAGAACAGCGCAGAGACCAACAAGUUUGAGGGCUGGCCCGAGGUGUUGGAGAUGGAGGGCUGCAUACCACAGAGGCAGGACUGAUCUGAGUCUUCUUUGUGACCGUCGACCACCCAUCUCUCAUCGCGCCCAGUCUGCCGUUUCUGUCCUCUAGAGACUCUUUUUUUUUUUUUUAGAGGUUUCACUUAUUUGGGCGGAGUCAUUUUCCACCUCUCAUUCCAAAGCCUUUUAUUUAAACAUAUCUACCAGAACAAUGUUUCAUCAGAAGAUUUAGCAGGAACGAGGAGCUGCUGCCACACUUAAGCCAGAACAGGAAUGUACAGCUUCUUGCACUUCUCCUCAUACUUACAGUAGAUGCUUUUUGGGGGUCUUGUAAUUUGAUCUAGUUUGUAGAGUACACUGAUUAGAAGGGAUUUAUUUUUGUACUACGGGCUUGCUGUCACACUUCCUACCUUUACGGCCCUGGCGCUUAGCGAGAUAGUGUUGCACUGUUGAUGGAAAUAGAUGUCACAGCCCAGACUUUUUUUUUUUUAGAGGGACACAUAUUUCCAUGACCUGUUUCCUGCCUUAAUUAUCCUAUACAUUUAUUUUUUUUUAAAGACUUUGUGAUUCUUUUUGUUUCUGUCAGAGUUGUUUAUUUUGGGAAAGUUACUAUUAACAGAAUUUGACGAUACUUCUUGUCAUGAUAUUAUAACCAAAUGCACCAAAUUCACUGUGAAAUUUGUAAAUAUUUGUGUAGAGGAGGGUCCAAAUUUGAAAGAUCCUAAUUUAAUGAACAUUGUAAUAUUAAUAUAAUUUGUUAAAAUAAAUGAUAUUGUUAGCAAUGUGCGUGUGUGGGUGGAUUUAAAGUGUCUGGUUGCACGUAGGAGAGGUACACAGUUGUUCCAUUGUGCGUACAAGCGACUGCACUGAUGUGUGGCUUCAUUGACGACAGACCUCAUUCUGUGUUUGUUUAGUUCAUCAUCAUCCCGGUUGUUAAUCAUUGCUCUGUUAAUCUUGCCAGUUUGCCACCACUUUGAAAUAAGUUCUGGCCUGUUAGCUUCUGCACUUUAGCCAGAUGUCAUUCAUCUGUUUGGCUGGAAAACUAAUAUCCACACAUACAUUGUGUUGUCACUUUGUCAGUGUUUGUCACUUACUUAAUGUUAACCACCUGGCAUCAUGUGUUGUUUUCAGUGUACUUUCUCUUUGGAAGCCUUUUUUAUACACUUUAACUACAGAACAUUCCUUUAAAGAAGAAAUGUAUUAAAGUAAAAAAACUAAACCGGUUGUUCGUGUGUUCAACAAAUACCGACUGUUGCUUCUUUGGAAAGCACUUGUUUAAAUAAAGGUGUGAAAAUAG